CUCGUCGACACCGACACCGGUCAGCGCCAUGUUGAUCCAUGAGUUCCGCGUGCCUUUGCACAUGACCGUGGAUGAGUUCCAGGUCGCGCAGCUGUACAUGGUGCUCGAUGCGAGCGAGAAGAACACCAAGAAUGGCGAGGGUGUUGAGAUCCUCAAGAAUGAACCGUACGACAACUCGAAUGGCCAGCUCGGGGACAUCUCGCCCCUCUCGCUUGUGAAGAUUCCUCGCAACAAGGGUCAGUACACACUCAAACACUACCACGUCAAGUCGCACAUCCCAUCGUAUGUCAGUGCGAUUUGUCCCGAAGAAAGCAUGGUCCUCAUUGAAGAAGCGUGGAACGCUUACCCCCACUGCCUUACUGUCAUCACGAACGGGUAUUUGGCAAAGCAAAAGUUUUACAUUUCGAUUGAAACAGUCCACGCUGCUGGUGCUGGAGAUGAAGACAAUGCCGUUUGCUUGUCUCCCGCGGAACUUCGGCAGCGCACCGUCGAAUACAUCCGUAUCGACUCACACUUGCCCAACGAAGCCCCCACGCCACAAGCGCUUGAAUUCGACCCUUCGACGUACACAUGUCCGAAAACUGGUCGUGGGCCGCUCCAAGCCGGCUGGGAACGCAAGUUGACCCCCGUCAUGACGUGUUACAAGGUUGUUCGCGUCAACUUCGACUACUGGGGAUUUCAAGGCCGUGUUGAAAACGCCAUCCGCGACCGCCAGCGCCGCCUGUUUCACUCGAGUUUGCGUCAGGCGCAAUGCCUGUCGCACAAGUGGAACGGCUUGACCAUGGACGACAUUCGCCGGCUCGAAGCAAACGUGCAGAACUAGCAACGAAGGAGACAUGGUCGGCACGGUGGCUUGGACCAACGAUGUGCAAUGGCUAGCAUCUACGUAAGUGCGUCGGAACUGCCCUGACAGCUUGUGUCGGCACCAACCGAGAGCAUUUGGAGAGUGUCCGCGGCAUUGAGCAAGUCGCGGCCAGUAAAAUACAUUUGUGUCCGCAUAGCCAAAUACAAGCGAGCGUUCGGGUUGUUGCCGCAGCACUUCGCCAGUCAUUAGCUACUUCCCCCUCACCAAUGCGACACGCAGCGU